AUGUGUCCAGCCAUUAAUUCUAGUUAUCAAGUUACUAUAGCACCAGGUGCAUAUGUUUGUGAAGAACGUUUGCAACUGAUUGGCGAAAUUUCAAUUGGAAGUAAAACAAUUAUACAUCCAGGUGUAAGUAUCAUUGCUGAAGCUGGUCCAAUUUUUAUCGGUGAUGGAAAUCUAAUUGAAGAGCAAUGUGUUAUAGCUAAUCGAUUUCCGCGUGGAGUUGCUAAAGAUCAAAUGAAUCAAGUUGUUAUGAUUAUAGGAAGUAAUAAUGUCUUCGAAGUUGGUUCAUGUUGCGAAGCUCUUAAAGUUGGCGAUAAUAAUAUUCUUGAAUCUCACGUUGGCCGUAGUGUUACAUUGACAAGUGGUUGUGUUAUUGGUGCUAAAUGUUCGUUAACAACAAAUGAAAUCUUACCAGAAAAUACAGUUAUAUUUGGUAGUGAUCAUCAACGACGUACAAUGCCUGAUCGACCUGCUUUUCAAACACAUCAACUCGAUUUUCUUGCACGUAUUUUACCAACAUCACAUUAUGUUCUUAAACAUGGAACAAAAAGUCAUACACCCGCAUCUACAUAG